CUUUACAUUUUAUGCUGUGCUUUCUAAGAAACGCAUCUGUUGUGUGUAGGCCUAUCCACUCUGUUCUUUGUCGACUAGCCGAACGCGCGAGACACCUGCCUAGCCUUUGGUGUUUGGUGUAAAGGGAGAGAAGUUUACUGACUGCUAAUUCCAUUUAACAAGAAUUACCUUGCGUGUACAUCCGUCCAAAUAUGUCUGAGCAGUUUCUGGAGGUUGACAGGUUGCGUGCCGAGCUGUUAGAAAACAUAAACAAAGUUGACAGGUCAUCAAAAACAACUCAGGAUGACUCAAUUAGUGGGCAGGAUGUUUUGACGCGAAUAGAGGGUGUUGUCCUUGACAUUGUAACCAGUUUAUCCAAAGAGGAGGCACCAGUGCUCGUCCUGCAAAAUCGGAGUAGUUGGUCCAAUAUAAGCUUUGACAGCGCGGUGGGCCUUCAGAUGAGCUCAGACAUUUCCGUCGUCACCCUCCGCAGUGACUGCGCCUCAUCCGUCAGCAGGUUCGCACUAAUUCUGAAAGUCCUCUCAACUAUUUACAAACUUGUUCAGAGCAACUCCUACGCUACCAAAAGGGACAUUUAUUAUAACGACACACAGCUGUUCCGCUCGCAGAAGACAGUAGACGCUAUCGUAGAUGACAUCUCUUGUAUGCUCCGGGUCCCUCGCAGAAACCUGCAUGUGCUUGCCACGUCAAAAGGGUUCAUCUCUGGUGAUCUGUGCUACUUGGAGGAAGAUGGCACGAGAAUCGACUGCAGCUCCAGUUCCACUGCUGUUCCCGUUUCAUCCAACGUGUGUGGUAUAAGAAAUAUUCUGUCAUCCGCCAAGUUCGUGCUGAUUGUGGAGAAGGACGCCACAUUCCAGCGGUUGUUGGAUGACGACUUCUGCACUAAGCUGUCUCCAUGCAUCAUGAUAACCGGGAAAGGUGUUCCCGAUGUGAAUAGCAGGCUGAUGGUGCGCAAGCUGUGGGAUACCUUGCAUGUGCCCAUCUUUGCACUCGUGGAUGGAGACCCGCAUGGCAUCGAAAUAAUGUGCAUCUACAAGUAUGGAUCGGUGAAUAUGUCUUUUGAGGCCCACAACCUGACCGUUCCCAGUGUGCUGUGGUUGGGGCUCCUGCCGUCCGACAUUGAGAGGCUCAGGGUACCACAGGAGGCUCUGAUCCCACUGACCCCCAGAGAUAAGAGCAAACUGCAGAGCCUGAAGAGCAGACCUUACCUGGCCUGCCAGCCCGAGUGGAAGACAGAGAUGGAGAUCAUGGAAAGACUCAAUCACAAAGCAGAGAUUCAGUCUCUGGCAUCCAUAGCCCCUGACUUCUUGACGCGUGUGUACCUGCCUAACAAGCUGCGGUAUGGAGGCUGGGUUUGAGCUCAGCACCCUCUGCUGGACAAAGUACCACACUACCUCUUACAACUCAUCUGAAUGUUGUUUUAUGUCCUUUUUGUGUGUGCUGCUUUAAUUAGGUGCUAUGGAAGAAAAAAAGAAUAUGGCAGAAACACAGGUAGAAGCAUAAAUAUGACUAUGACUAAGCAAUGAACUUUGAGCGUAUUGAUUGAUAGAAAUACAGGUAGUAAUAUAAACAUUGCUACAGUGCAAAUUGGCAAUGAAAUUUGACAUGGUUGGCAUUGGCCUUGUAUUUAAUCAUAACCUUAUCUUUUAUAAUACUUGUGACUGCCCUUGUUAAUUUCUGAAAAAUAUAUUUGUUUAAAUAAGAGCGAAAAACCCAAACUGACAAAUUCAUUGAAACAGUUCAAAUGUGUUUUCCUGACAUACAUCUGAAAUAUAUUCAUAUUGACAGAUUGCCUUAAAGGGACAGUUUGGUCAGUUUCAACAUGCAGUUGUAAUGCUCACACUACCCUGGACUUGUCAGUGCCUGAGAUUUUUUUUUCUUCUUCUUCAGCCGUUUCCGAGAUCCUGGUCAUUGUAAUGGGGGCAGCUCUUUGUUUACAUUUCAAAAAAACAUUUUUAUUUAUUCCCAAAAACAUCUAAAAGGUUAUAAAACAUCAGCAGACAACUAGCAAACAGCGGUACCUUUGGGGAAAAUAUUUGGAGUUGGCCUAUGUUUCAUUUUUUAAAAAUGUAAACAAACGCUGCCCCCAUUAGAAUUGCUCAUAUCUCUGAAAGGGCUGAGCCGAAAAAUGUGGCAUCACCAGGUACUGACAAGUCAAGGGUAGCGUGAGCAAUACAACUGCAUGUUGAAAUUGACCAAAUUGUCCCUUUAAAUAUAGGAAUAGCCUACAGAUGAUGUAUAAUGCAGUAAUUAUAUAUUAGCGAGCUGUAUCAUAUUUAGGCAACCAACAGGCAUACUGGAAUCUGUAAAAUAUUUGCUUAUUAAAGUAUCACUUGGUAUCCAGUUGUUUAGCAGAUUUACUGUAACCAUAUUGUUGCUUGAAUACGGUUUAAUAAGUGUAUAAUGAGUUCAUCUUUUAUAAUGACAGGCAAUGUUUGUAACAUGCUAAUAAUACCAAUAAAUCUCAGGAAAUGUA